GUCAGUGGACGCUUGGCAAUCGUAGCGCGCGUUCGUGUUCUUGUGGCUCUGUGUGUUUUGUGCGUGCAUCGUGUUUCUGCUCCCCCCCCCCCCUCUCUUGAUCGAACGCACCGAAAACUGUUCGUCCCAACACAUAUAAUAUUUUUUUUUUUAGAUUCAGCAGCUUUCUGUUUUUGUUAAAGUGUUUAAACGAGGGGGACGCUAACAAAAACUGGUGUGUUGUGAUCACCGAUGUUGGGAAUUGCUGAAAUUGGAAGAGAACAAGGAUUAUUCAUUUGGUACCGAAAAAAAGAAAUAGAGAAAGGACAAGUUAACUAUUUUUUUCAAGCAACGCCAAAAAUCCAGCAAACAGUACAACAACACACACAAAAAAACGAGGAAUCAGAGACCCACAUUCUUGAACGAGAUAUGACGAGGUGAAGGACAACCCGAUUCUUUUUGUUGCUUUCAAAAAACAGCAAAAAUAUUUUGAAAGGAAUUUUUUUGUUGUUGUUGUUGUUGUGUGGUGUGGGGAAGAGGUGAUGACAAUGGACGAGACGAAGGACCUUGAAGAGCCUAAACGAAGGCGGAGGAGGAGGAGACCGUUGAUUAGAAGUCGACUUGGCAGCGGGACAGCAGUGGCCAGCUGGAUGCAAAUUGCGGUCGCGUUGUGCGUGGCCGUCAGUUUGGCUGAUUGCCGGAAAUUGGCGUUUACUCGACAGCGCUACAACGCCACCAUCUACGAGAACAACAUCGGCAAGAGCUACGCCACUCCAGAAACGGAAAGGAUGGGCAUCCAGUUGCCGGAAGCGUCGACUGCUACCGACAUCCGUUACCGCAUCAUCAGCGGCGACAAGAACAAGCUGUUCAAAGCCGAAUCUCGUCAAGUGGGCGAUUUCAGUUUCCUCUUGUUAAGAACUCGAACCGGGCAGGUGGAUGUGCUCAACAGGGAGCGGACGGAGCUGCACAAACUGCGCGUCCGGGCCAUGCUCAGGUCGGCUGUCGAUGGAUCCGAUUCCGACCUGCCCGACGCUGAGGCCGACGUUUGGGUCUACGUCCAGGACACGAACGACUUGAGUCCGCUUUUCUAUCCCAGUGAAUACGAAGUGAACGUGCCCGAAGAUUCGCCCCUGCACGUCUCUUUAGUUCAAGUGAAGGCGGACGACGCGGACGUCGGCGUCAACGGGGAGAUUUAUUACUCGCUGGCCGACGCGUCGGAAACGUUCGCCGUUCAUCCGCUGACGGGCGUCAUCUCGUUGACCAGGCCGCUCGUCUUUGCCGAUCAACCGUUUCACGAGCUGAUCGUUUUGGCCAACGACCGAGGGCCCAAACUGGGCACGGCGGUGGUGGGCGCCGCCUCGCGCGCCCGGGUGCGCGUCCAUGUGAUGAGGGUGAAUCAGCACGAGCCCCGCAUCCACGUGCGCCACUUGCCCGAGGUUGUGGAGCAGUCGCAAGUGGACGUUUACGCCGUCGUUCGAGUGGAAGACGCCGAUCAGGGUCCCAGCGGCCACAUUCGCUCGCUGGACAUAAUCGGCGGCGAUCCGGAUGGGUACUUCCGCGUCCAGCGGGUCGGAAAUGUGGCCCAGCCGGCGGACAAUAACAAUGGCGCCGAAUUCAAUAUCGCCGUUCUCAAGUUGCUGGAUCGUGAAAGAGCCCCGAUGGGCUACAACCUGACGCUGAGGGCCGUCGACGGUGGCACCCCUGCGCGCAAUUCGACGGCCACGCUGCACGUGACGGUGUCUGACUGGAACGAUCACGCCCCUGUCUUCGAUCGUCAACACUAUGACGUGCGCGUUGUGGAGACGGCGCCCGUGGGCACUCCUUUGAUCCGCCUACGCGUCUCCGAUGAAGAUCAGGGCCGCAACGCCCAGGUCCAGCUUAGCAUUGUCGGCGGUAAUCAGGGCGGACAUUUUCGCAUCAACCCCACGUCGGGCGUGCUCUACACAGCCUUGCCGCUCGAUGCCGAAAUGAGGGCCGAACAUGUGCUGACUGUCAGCGCUAUCGAUCAGGGAACGGCCGGCACGCGUCAACAAUCGUCAGCCAAGAUCACCGUCCAAGUUCUGGACGCCAACGACAACGAUCCCAUUUUCUAUCAGCAGCCGGGCGGCGUUUUAGAGAUCCAGGUGGAUGAGAAUGAGCAAGCCGGGGCUGAAGUGGCCAGAGCGACGGCCCGAGACGCCGACGCUGGUGAGAAUGCGUACAUUAGUUACAGCCUGGCUAAUCUGGCACCCGUUCCUUUCGAAGUGGAUCCCUUCACCGGAGCCAUCCGCACUACCGAGACGUUAGACUACGAGACUGGACGUCGAAGAUAUAUGCUGAAAAUCCGCGCGUCCGACUGGGGAACUCCGUACAGACGUCAAUCGGAGCUGCUGGUCACGGUGAUUGUCCGUGACGUCAACGACAACCGGCCGCAAUUCCAGCGCGUUGGCUGCGUCGGACGCGUUCCGCGAACGACGGCCAUCGGCUCUGAGCUCUUGACUUUAUCGGCCGUCGAUUUCGAUCAGGGCAACACAGUCGUUUAUCGCAUCGUUUCCGGCAACGAGGACGGAUGUUUCAGUCUGGACUCGUCGUCUGGCGCCGUGGGCGUCGCUUGCGACCUCUCGGACCUUGGCAUCAGCGAGCGAUUCGUCAACGUGACGGCCACCGAUGGCCAGCACUUUGCCGACAUCAUGACGAUCCGCAUCCAUCUGACGGCCGGCCUUCGAGGCGAAGAAGAGCCGCGGUUCGAGUGCCGAGAAACUGGACUCGGCAAAAAGGUCUUGGAAAUGAUGAACGCCGCGGCCAAGAGGCAGACGGGCGCUGAUGAUUCAGAUCCGGUCACGGAACUGCCUCCACUUCCGUCGCGCUACGGCCAGAAUGUACACACUCCAGAAUUCUACGAUUUCCCCGUCCAGGUUCGUGUCAAUGAAUCCGUCUCGAGCGGGACGGCCCUUAUCCGCCUGAGGGCGAGAGAUCGUGACCACGGCUACAACGGUCUGCUAGUGUACGUCAUUUCCGGCGGCGACGACGACUCGGCUUUUCAAAUCGAGACAGAGACGGGCUUGUUGCGAGUGGCCGGCCAAUUAGACCGAGAGAAAAGGGCCGGCUAUUCGUUGAACGUGACCGUCUUGGACUUGGGACAGCCGCAGAAAUCCGCCUGGAGGAUUCUGCCCGUCAUUGUGACGGACGUCAACGACAACCCGCCGCGAUUCGAUCGACCCGUCAUCAGCGUCUCGAUCGCCGAAACGGCCCAGAUGGGCACGUCCGUCGCGCAACUGAGCGCCAGCGACGCCGAUGAAGGCGACAACGCCAAAAUUACGUUCAGCUUAGCCGCCGGAGCUUCGCCUGACAUGAAGCUCGACCCCAACACGGGACUGCUCACGGUCGCCGGCCAGCUGGAUCGCGAACGUCAGGAUUUUUACGAGAUGGCCGUUAUCGCGCGAGACGGAUCGCCGAACGGGCCCGGCUUAACGGCCAAGGCUCUGGUCCGCGUCCGCAUUUUGGACGUCAACGACGUGGCUCCGCGUUUCGCCCGGCCUUGGCAAGUGGUCAAAAUCCGUGAAGAUAUGCCCGUCGGGGCAGUGGUGGCUCUUGUGGAAGCCAACGAUCCCGAUCUCGGCGCGGGCGGUAGCGUCCGUUACAGCCUGGCGUCCAGCUACGCGUCUGAAACUGUGGAGAGGUUCGCUAUUGAUCGCGUGACGGGCACGGUGCGGCUGUCCCGCCGUCUGGAUUUCGAGGAUCGGUCCGUCUACAAUUUGACGGUGCGUGCCAAAGAUCGUGGCUCGCCUUCCCUGUCCAGCGAAGCGUACCUGGCCAUUGAGGUGGUCGACGUCAACGAGAACCUCUACGCCCCGCGGUUCGAAGACUUUGUCACCGAGGCCAGCGUCCGUGAGAACGCACCACCGGGCACGUUGGUAGCCAAAGUGACGGCCACCGAUGCCGAUCCUUCCGGCGACGAUUCUCGCCUCUCGUACGCCAUCCGCGGCGGCACUGGAUUGGGACUGUUCUCCAUCGACAAUGAAGGCGGGAUCCGAACCCGAGCCGUGCUGGAUCGUGAAACGACACCGCAUUAUUGGCUAACAGUGGUGGCCCAGGAUCACGGCAUCGUCACUCUUUCCGCUUCUAUUGAAGUAUUUGUUGAAGUGCUGGAUGAGAACGAUCACAUUCCCUUGACGACCGAGCCCGUCUACUGGGUGCACGUAGCAGAAAAUUCGCCACCGAGGACUCCCGUCGCCCGAAUCACGGCCAUCGACGGCGACCGCAAUUCCAAGUUGACCUAUCAGCUCAAAGCCGGAAAUCCGCAGAGCCUUUUUGACAUUGAUCCCAACACGGGCAAUAUAACGACGACUGGAAGGCGCCUGGACCGCGAGAAUCUGACGGAACACAUCUUAGAGGUGUUGGUGAUUGACAACGGCAACCCGACACUCUCGUCCAGCACGCGCGUGGUGGUGACGGUCGACGACGUCAACGACAACGCGCCCGAGUUUCUCGAACGCUUUUACAAGAUUCAAAUUCCUGCCAGCGUCAUCUCUCAUCCGGAAAGCGUCGUCCUUCAGAACGAGACGGAAGAAUGGCUCGAUCCAGAGUCCAACAGCACAACUUUAUGGAUCACUUCGCAGCUGGAUAAUCUCGUGGGCAGUCCAGUCUUCAGGGUGGAGGCAUUCGACCGCGAUACUGGCGAAAAUGGCCGUGUCGAAUACAGCCUGAUGGAAACAGCCAGCACUAAAGGACGCUUCCGGAUUCAUCCGCACAGUGGAAUCAUCUACUCCCAAAAGAGCCUCUCUGCCGGCCAAGAAUUCUCGUUUAGCGUCCGUGCCAGCGACCGAGGCCGCCCGUCUCGCAAUGCCACCACCCGCGUUUCUGUGGCCGUUAUUGGAGUGCCGCCACAAUCGGCCAGUCCGCCUGAACUCAGCACAGACAACAGCCGACGAGCCGACGUGAUGGAAUCGGAUCCCGUCGGUCACGCCGUCGCCUUCAUCACGGCCAACGAUCCCGACGGCGACAUGCUCUGGUACAAGAUCGAAGAUGGAAAUAUCGGCGACAAAUUUGCAAUGCAAACGACAGGCAAUGGCAAAGUUUACGUGGCUCAGCCUCUCGAUUGGGAACAGCAAUCGUCUUAUUUGCUCAACAUUAGCAUCACGGACGGCCACAACACGAUUUACACUCAGUUGGAAAUUACCGUCCUCGAUGUCAACGAUCACCCGCCCGUUUUCUCCGAACAGCAUUACCGAGCUGAAGUGUCUGAGAAUGCCGAAGUGGGCGCGGAAAUUAUCACGCUCAAUGCCACCGACGCUGACCAAGACAAAAGAGUCUUUUACGCCCUGCACGCAGCUUCCAGCGCUUCCUCAUUACGCAAGUUCAAAGUGGAUUCUAUCCGCGGCGUUGUCACUUUGGCUGAGAAACUCGACCGGGAGACGAUGGCCCAACAUUUGCUGACUGUUUCCGUCAAAGACCAAGGGACACCAUCUAAACGCAAUUUCGCCCGGCUCUUGAUUGACGUAUCGGAUCACAACGAUCACACACCAGAAUUCAUGUCAGAGCUGGUGCAGGUGCGCAUUUUCGAAACGGCAGCUGUUGGAUCCGUGGUGACCAUGAUGUUGGCCAUCGACAAGGAUCGCGGUGCCAAUUCGAAAGUGACAUAUUCCAUUAGCUCUGGCAAUGUGGGCGGAGCGUUCGUUAUUGAACCCGACUCUGGUCUCAUCCGCGUCAAUCAACCGCUGGAUGUCGGCACAGCGCACGAGUACAUGCUGGUAGUGAAGGCCUCUGAUGGAGGUUCGCCGUCACUUUCGACCUCGUGCCGAGUCCACAUUCUCGUCACAAUGGCCGAGAACGAUCCCCCCAAAUUCUUGCAGAGCGAAUAUACUGCGGACGUGUUCGAAGAUGCCACAGGCGGCACGUUUGUCAUUCAAGUGGAGGGCAGAUCCAUCUCGAGCUUGUUGUUCGAAAUCACCGAUGGCAACAGCGACGGUUCGUUCACCAUCAAUCCGAGCACGGGCAUCAUUGUCGUGUCGCCGAGAGGUGCGCUCGACUACGAGACUACCAAACACUACAAUCUGAGCAUCAGCGCCAUGAAUAUGGCCGGUUCUUCAGCCCGAUGUCUUGUCCAUGUUCACGUGUCCGACGUCAACGACAAUUCACCAACGUUCAGCCAAGAAUUGUACGAAGGGACUAUCGCAGAAUCGGCCUUGGCCGGCUCGUUAGUCUUCCAGCGAUUGUCGUCCGCUCCGCUGGUCGUUUCCGCUAAAGAUGGCGAUUCCGGAGUCAACGCACUUUUGUCGUACGACAUUGUGGAACCGAGAGCGGCCCAACUUUUCGCCAUCGAUUCGAACACGGGCGCGGUGCGGACACUGGCCCCGCUCGAUCGCGAGCAGCUGGCCCGCGUCGAGUUCACUGUCCAGGUGUCGGACCAUGGCCGCCCGAGGCGUAGCUCGGACCAAGUGGCCCGUGUGAGCAUUGUUAUCACGGACGUGAACGAUUCGCCGCCGAAAUUUGUCGGCCAGCUGCCGUACAGCGUCUCGCUGCUUCUGCCCACUUUCCCGGGUGUGGCCGUGGUGCGCGUGCGGGCCGAAGACCCCGACGUCGACGUUAAUUCGACGCUCACCUAUCGGAUCAAAGGCGGCAAUGGAGCGGGCAAAUUCGCCAUCGACAGACGCACAGGUUGGAUUAGCGUGUCCGACACGGACGGAUUGGCGGGCAAUAAUUUCUACACGCUGGAAGUUAGCGUCAGCGACGGCAAGUUCAGCACGGCCACCAAGGUGGACAUCCAGUUGGAAAAGAUGAUGGCCUCCGGGCUGGCCUUUGCCCAGGAUAAAUACACGGGUUACGUGACGGAGAACAGCACCCGCGGGGCAACGACGAUCGUGGCCCUCAACGUGCUGGGCACGCAUCUCAACGAGCACGUCACCUUCUCCAUUUUGAACCCGCAAGGUCUCUUCCAGGUGGGCAGCACGUCGGGCGUCGUUCAAGCGAUCGGGCAGGUGCCUUUCGACAGGGAAGUUGAGCCGCGCUACGUCAUCGUCGUGGAAGCGCGCAGCGAGCGUGGCGACGGCGAGAAGCCCCGCAUCGCCCACACGCGUGUUGAAAUUGAAGUCACGGAUAUCAACGAUAAUCGGCCGGCAUUUUUCAACUUGCCCUAUUACGCCGUCGUUUCUGCCGAGGCGCCGAAAGGCAGCGUCGUUACCAAGGUGCAAGCCAUGGACAAGGACGUGGGCGAAAAUGGUGAUAUCCGUUACGAAUUGCUGCGUGGCAGUGGCGAAUUGUUCCGCGUGGACCGGCGAACGGGCGAAAUUUUGCUACGUCACGUGCUGGAGGGCCAACAAGGUCACAGCGACUACGAGCUGGUGGUGGCCGCCUACGACGGCGGCACUCCCCCGCUGUCGUCGGAAGCUUUGGUCCGAGUCAAAGUGGUCACUAAAAGCCAGCCCGUCUUUGGCCAGCAAUAUUAUUCGGCUUCGGUGCUGGAAAGCGCCGAUCCCCUUUCACCCGUCCUCAGCGUGCAGGCGUCGAGCCCCUCGGGCCGGCAAUUGAUCUAUUCCAUCGUGUCGGGCAACGAGGGCGAAGAAUUUGCCGUCGAUUUUAACACAGCCCACAACUCGGAAAACGGGCCUUGUCUCAUCUAUAUCGUCAACCGGCUGGAUUACGAAGCCAGAUCCAAAUACGAAUUGCUCGUCCGCGCUACCGACAGCGUAUCGGGCUCGCAUUCAGAAGUGCCCGUCAGUGUCAGCGUUGACGAUGCCAAUGAUUCACCACCAGAAUUCAGCAACAACGAAUACAAUGUCACGUUGUCGGAAGCCACGCCUUCCGGCACAGUGGUUCUGGCUGUCAGCGCUCACGAUCUCGAUUCCGGCACCAACGCAGAAGUUGUUUACCGACUGCUACCCGAUACCAAUGGCGGCCAAGACACCGUCUCCGUGGCUGCCGCCUCGGCUGAGUUCUUCCACAUCAACCCGGAAGACGGAACGUUGAUUCUCGCCCGUUCGCUGGACCGUGAAACGCAGUCACUACACCAUCUGCUCGUCAUGGCGUCUGACCAGGGCAAUCCAUCCCUCUCCAGCACAGCUCACAUCUGGAUCAGAGUUGAAGACGUAAACGACAAUCCACCGCAAUUCGAACAACGUUCAUACCGUUGCGUUUUGAGCGAAGAUGGCAAGCGAGGCCAAUUCGUCACGAUGGUGACUGCAACAGAUCCGGAUGUCUCCGAUCAGACUCGGUUAGUCUAUUCGCUUACGGGCGGCAACGAUCAGCAAAUGUUUAACAUCGAUUCAAAACGAGGUACCGUGACGUUGGGCAACUUGCAUCGAUUUGGAGAACAGCCAAAUUACUUGUUGAAUAUCAGCGUCAGCGAUGGUGUGUUUACAAGUUUCGCAGCGCUCCAAGUGGAUCUGCUUUCAACCAAUCGGCAUUUGCCCAGCUUUUCUCGUCCUCUUUACGAGGUGGAAGUGUUGGAGAAUCUUCCGGCUGGCACUUUGGUGAUCCAGCUCAACGCAACCGACCUGGACAGAGACGAUUUUGGACGUAUAACGUACGCCAUCCUGUCCACCGUCGCUUCAGAAAUGUUUAGAAUUGACGAGGAAACGGGAGAUGUUUUCACUCGGCGACCGCUUGAUCGUGAAGUUCGCAAAGUCCAUGAGAUCCCAGUAGUGGCUUUCGAUGCUGGUGGCAAGUCAGGUCACGCUACCCUCCGCGUCAAAGUUGGUGACGUCAACGAUAACAGACCAAGGUUCCUACUGGCCGAAUACAGGGCCAAUAUCCACGCCAACUACUCAGUUGGGCAACCAUUCCUUAAAGUUCAAGCCAUGGAUCUAGACGUGGAUAAUAACGCGAAAUUAAGUUACUCCAUUUACGAGUCAAACGGAACCAAAGCCUCAGAUACGUUUGACAUCAACUCGUCUACCGGAGAACUCUUUUUAAAGCAGAAUGCACUUGCUCUUGCCAACGAAGUGUUUCAAUUCUUCGUUCGAGCAGAAGAUCACGGCUCUCCUGUAUUGGGCACAGAAGCUCCAGUUGAUGUCCUGAUCCUCGAUCCGCAAGAACGAGCGCCUACUUUCGAGAGGACUUCUUCUAAAUAUUUCAUUUCAGAAUCCGCACCAGUUGGUACGACGAUUGCGAGAGUUAAAGCGGUCAGCGGUGGCGAACAAUUGCAUUACACCAUCGUUCCGGCACCGAGGAAUCCCGAUUCGGACGACGGAAGCAGAGAUGAAGACGUGGAACCAUCGCCUUUCUUUUCUGUCGACGAUCAGGGACAGAUUUAUUUAUCUUUACCACUGGAUCGCGAAACAUGCGACAUCCACAUCAUCACUGUCGUUGCCUCAACAGACACCUCGCCUCCCAUUAUCGCCUUUACCGAGGUUAUCAUCCAGGUGCUGGAUACUAACGAGCAUCCGCCAGAGUUUGAAAGCAAUCCGUACCAGAUUGUGGUAGCUGAAAAUGCCGAGAAGGGCACCAGCGUCAUUCGAGUGUCCGCUUUGGACGGAGACCGUGUCACUGGAACAUAUGGCGAUCUUCGCUAUUCUUUCGGCCACAGCAUGGCACCUGAAUUGGCCAAUAUAUUCCGCUUGGAUUCUGUCACGGGAUGGAUCACCACUUUGGGUCUUCUCGAUCGUGAAGAACGUGAUCGCUACAUUUUGCCAAUUAUCGCUAGCGACAACGGCACACCGGCCAAACUGACAUCUACAACGGCCGUGGUGAUCGAAGUGCGCGAUUACAACGACAACCCGCCGCAAUUUGCAGAGAGCCAUUACGUGGCAGCCGUCAAUGAAGAAGCCCUUCCGGGCACGGUUGUUGUUCGACUGACAACCACCGACCGUGACCGAGACGAAAGUCGUUCCGACGCUGCGUCCUCGAUGUCGCAACAACCCCAAUUGCAUUAUUACAUUAUAAGUGGUGAUCCACGAGCCCAGUUUGGUAUCCGCCAGGGCGAAGUUUAUGUCGAAAGAGCAUUGGAUCGUGAAGAAAUCGGCUCGUAUAGCCUUCAGGUACUUGCUACUGAUGGCUUCUUCACGGCCACGACACACGUCACUGUUGACAUUUUGGACGACAACGAUCACGCUCCCGUCUGUACUCAACACCGUUAUCACGAACUCGUAUCUGAAGCGACCUCGCCAGGCACGUUCAUCGUUCGUGUACGGGCUACUGACGCUGACGAAGGACCCAACGCUAAAAUGAAAUUUUACCUGACCGGUGAAGCGGCUGAUUUCUUCUUUUUGGAUCCUUCUUCCGGCCAGUUGAAAACGCUUAAAGCUCUCGAUCGAGAGACUAGACCCACGUACGCGCUCACGGCUCACGUACAAGAUCGAGAACGGCCUCAGUGGGAAUGCACGUCGGAGGUAGUCAUCGUUCUGAUGGACGUCAACGACAACGCGCCUAGUUUCAAUCAAGAUUGGUACACUUUCGCCGUCCCCGAAGAUGCUGAAUUGAGAACCAUCGUGGGCAAAAUCCACGCAACAGACAGCGAUCUCGGACUGAACCGUAAAAUCAGAUACAGUAUGGUGACGUCGACGACCUCUUUGGCUGGCCAAAACUCUUUCGCCAUCGACGCCGAAAGCGGAAUCGUAACUGUAGCCAAAGGACUGGAUCGCGAAACUGUUUCAUCCUACAACUUGACUGUUUCCGCCAUUGAUUUGGGCACGCCCGCUUUAGUAUCUACCGUCGUAGUGACAGUUGUCGUGACGGAUGUCAACGACAAUCCUCCGCAAUUCAGCCGCAAGUUGUACGCAGCUUCGGUGGCUGAGAGUGGUUCCAUCGGCACGGAAAUCUUGAACGUGCUGGCCACUUCAUUGGACAUUGGUGUCAACGCUGAAAUCAAGUACUCGAUCGUAGGAGGCAACGAACACCGCCAUUUUGCCAUGGAUCCGAUCUCCGGAGUCAUCAGCCUCGCCGAACCGUUGGAUUACGAACGAGCCCGCGAAUUUUAUCUGACCAUCCAGGCACUUGACGGAGGUGUUCCUCCGCUUAGCAACCAUGCAGCCGUCAAUAUAACUGUGCUGGACAGCAACGAUAACCCGCCCAUCUUUACGCAGUCGAGCUACAGCGCUGCCAUUCGCGAAGACGCCAUUAUAGGAGAGACCGUUUUGCGACUGAACGCUGUCGAUUUAGACAGCGGCGACAACGGCCGCAUCACUUACACGCUUCUUAAUGGCGACCGUCACUCUCAGUUCCGUAUCGAUGGCAGCACUGGUUUAUUGACCGUGGCCGGACAGCUGGACAGAGAACUGAUUACUAGCUACAUGCUGGAAGUGGAAGCUAGGGACAAUGGAGCCCCGUCGUCUCUAGCCGGAAACGUCCUUGUCUCUGUGGAAAUUACGGAUGCCAAUGAUAAUCCACCUGCCUUCUCGCAAGUCAAUUACACGGCCAUCGCACAGGAAGAUAAGCCUCUCGGUUUCGUAAUUCUCAAACUGCAAGUAACUGAUGCCGACGGACCAACCAAUGCCGGUCCAUUUACCUUCGAAAUCAGGUCCGGCAACGUCGACAACGCCUUCCGAAUCGACGGCAACGGCUCUCUACGCACGGCCAGGCGAUUCAAUCACAAAGUUCGUGACCACUAUGUCCUGCAAAUUGUUGUUUUCGAUAAUGGCAAUCCACCACUGUACACCGACACGUGGGUUUUAGUCAAGGUGAUUGAAGAAUCCAAAUAUCCACCUAUAAUCACACCUCUGGAGAUCAACAUCAACUCUUUCCUGGAUGAAUAUGCUGGCGGAGUGAUUGGUCGUGUUCACGUCAACGACCAAGAUCCUUACGACACGUUGGUCUAUUCACUGGUCGAGGAAAAAGGAUACCAUCAGUACUCUUCGGUGGCUCUAUUCGAGCUGGAUUCCGAAGACGGUACUUUGAUCGCUAAACCCGGCCUGGAUGUGGGCGCCUACACGGUCAACGUGUCCGUAACGGACGGCAAGUUUUUCACGUACUCGUCGGUCAAAGUCAACGUCGUAUUCAUCUCGGAUGAGGCGCUGCAGAACGCCAUUAUCCUGACCGUCCGUGACAUCACUGCCGAUGAUUUCGUCACGAGCUACCGCAAGAAUUUCUUAAAAGCCGUGCGCAACAUAAUGAACGUUCGCACCAAAGACGUGUUCAUUAUCAGCAUCCAACCGCAAGUGACAACUACCACCCAGCCAUCGUCGAAAAGCAACCGGACAAGGCGCGGAGAUGACACGUCGCCGCUCAGGAAGUCGGCCGCUGUUACCAGACUGGAACCCAUGUGGCGGAUCCGCGAUCCUGCACGACAAUCGAGACCCAAUGUGGACAUUUUGUUCUCUGUUCAGAAACCAGCCGGGGGAUUCUAUCCUCCCUCCAUUGUUCGCAAGCAGCUGCUGGACAAUGUAGCGGAACUGGAAGCCACGAUCGAUCAUCAUCGUAUUUCCGGCACUAUUCAGGGUUUCUGCACGGCCAACCUUUGCGGGAACAAUGGCAAGUGCUACGAUCGUGUUGUUCUUGACGACACGAUGACCGUGGCGAUUACGUCAGACAUCAGCAGCUUCGUCGCUCCGCGACACAAAUACAAACCGACGUGCGUGUGUAAAGACGGAUACGGUGGCGAGAAAUGCGAUGUGGUAGCCAAUGAAUGCGCCCUGAAUCCGUGCCCAGAUUCGCGCGUUUGUCGUCCAGAAUCGGGUCUGCCCGGAUAUUCGUGUCGUUGUCCCGAAAACCAUCCGGGUUGUGUCAAUGAACUAACUCAAAUGACUCCUUGCAAAGAUUCCACAUCUGGAUGCUACCAACCUAGUCACCCGAUCUUCUUCUCCGGGAAAUCAUACGCCCAGUACAGCCUCGGAUCUUCGAUCGAGCGACGUCUUCUGUUGACCCUUCGAUUCCGUACGGUUCACCAGACCGGAAGCAUAAUGUUUGCUAGUGGUCGUAUCGAUUACAGCAUCCUGGAAAUCGUCAAUGGCGAGGUUCAAUACCGAUUUGAUUGCGGUAGCGGAGAAGGGCUGGUACGAGUGACUGGCUUAAAUGUCAACGACGGAGCUUGGCACGAUAUCCGAGUGGAACGUCACGGAAGCGUGGCUGAAGUGACGGUAGACGGAUCGUAUCGAUCUCAAGGAGCAGCUCCCGGUGUCAACGAUGUCCUCAACCUGGAACCAAUUAGCGAUCACGUCUUCUUCGGUGCCGAAGUUCGGACAAUGGACGAUGUUCGCAUGGGCUUCGUCGGCUGCCUGGAUGAAAUCCGUUUGAACGAUAAUCUCUUGCCACAACACAUACCCAUCAGUUCGCCGGCCUCCUCUUUGAACAGUCUCGGUUCCAGUCACAGCACUUCGGCCAGUCCAUCCAUUACGUUGAAGAGGUUUACCAACGUCGAGUUCGUCUGCCGAGUUCCACUCGAAAGGCCUGGCGUCUGCGGCAGUCAACCUUGUUUGAAUGGUGGCACGUGUACUGAGAUGGCCGCUAUCUUGCCCGGCUACCAGUGUGCCUGCCGGCCUCGUUUCAUGGGCGCUCGUUGCGAAAUCGACAGCGAUCCGUGCGCUUCUUCGCCUUGUCUUUUCAACGGCCGUUGCUACAAUCUCAACAACGACUUCCGGUGCGAAUGCCCUGCCCGUCUGAGUGGCAAACGCUGCGAAUACGGCCGUUAUUGCAACCCCAAUCCUUGCAAAAAUGGCGGCAUCUGCGAGGAGGGAAGCACCGGGCCGAUUUGCAAAUGCCGCGGAUUUACAGGCGACACGUGUUCCGUAGACGUCAACGAAUGCGAACCUUCUCCGUGCCAAAACGGCGGCACUUGCGUCAACAUUGUCGGCAGCUUCCAGUGUCUCUGUCCUCUCAACGCCACCGGCCAUUACUGCACCGAACUGGCCUUCAAAAACGAUUCGAUUACCUCCGACUCGUUUUUCAACAACUUUCCGCUUCUAUGGAUUAUUGUGGUCGCCGUCGGUCUCACCGUUAUCAUCCUGUUGAUCAUCUUGCUAGUCAGCUGUUGGUGGAAAAGGAACAAGCGGUCGCGAAGUGGCAGUCACCGAUCGCACAGUAUGAACGAUCCCAACGUCAAAGAAAUGGUGCCGCUCAAUUCGACUCGACCCAUGGAUUUGUCGGAAUUUAAACGAGGCUCCAAGAUGAGUAACCUUGAAGCUACCAAUCAGGUACCGCCCAUGUUGCCGCCUCGUCCAGCUUCAUACACGCCCAGCAUCGGCGAGCCCACCUACCUUCCGCUGAACAAUUUGGACACGAUCCGCAGCUACGGAUCGGCUGCCGACGAACUUGAAACAUAUCCCAUGCUGGGCAUGCCGACCUAUAAUGGAAACGGAAUGGGCAGCAUAGGCGGACAUAACAAUCCUGAUUACCACCCGAACUUGAACCGGCCGUCGGGUGUGGGCAUGGCUUCCAAUGGCGGAACGGUGUUGGCUUCGCCUCCUCUCCUCCUGCCGGCCCACGACGCUCUCAGCGACUCUGACAGCGUCCACAAGCCUCGCUGGUCGGAUCUGGAAAGCAAUCUCAAAGGAUCGUAUUAUGAGGCAGCCAAAAUCCACAAUGACUUGAAAGGGAAAUGCAGCGAGACGGGAUCGACGGCCAACCGGAUCCACCAUAAUCAUCACCAUCUGAACGGCAACCACUACGGCCAUACUGGAGGUCUGAUGCUGAGCAACGUUAAAAGCACAAACAAGGACACGACUACCAUGUCGUCCUCGGUUUCUCCAUCCGUCUCGGCCAACGUCGACGAUUGUGCGCGUGGACAGCGUGGUGGACUUGCAUUGGGUACGUCGAGCCCCGUGACGCUCUUACCUCCUACGGCUACGGGAGUUUCCUAUAACUCUUCCAUCUCCCCAUUACCUACCCCUCCUCCUAGUCCUCCCGCCAUUCCGCCCUUACCCAAGGAUUAUGCCGAAUUUGAAUUGAGUCUGCAGACAUUGAUGAGGCAAACAGCUCUACUCAACAGGCCUUCACCGAGUUACCACUGGGAUUGUUCAGAUUGGGCCAAUCAGAGCCAAAACCCAUUACCGAACAUAACGGAAGUACCAGGAUCGGAGAUACCCGACUCUUCCAGUUUCCAUAGCAACGAAAGUAACGAGUCCAAUGGCAACAACCAUCAACUCGACACCCACGGGAUGAUGAUGACAAUCAGUCCCGAACGUGACCUGGAUACGUUGGUGGAAGAUCCGAAACCACUCCCGACAUCGAACGGAUUCAGGUCUUUGGACUCAGACUGCGGUACGGAUGUCGAGAUGGGAUCGAACAAUACCAACCCUUUCCGAUCGUGCCAACCGCCCAGUUUCGAGGAAAUUCUUGCCAAUAGCGGAUUGCGUCUGUCGGAUUUAGCCGUCGUUUCCCUACCCAACAGCGAUGGAGGAUGCAGCGAUAGUGAAGCACCGUCAGAGUCAUUACCACCACCUGGCAACUAUUCCAGGCAUCCCAAUCAUUAUCUACCACCUUACAGCAUUGCCAGCGAGACGGAAGCUGAAGAUUCAUCGCCCGUCCGCAGCAACGGCAAUGGACGACAACAACUUAAUGGACGCAACGGUUACGGCAAUCGUGGUGCAACCAACAACGACCACGAUGACGAUGACGACAGCAGCCCAUCAUCUUCGAGCUCAUUCGCCAGUCAAAUCCAUCGACCGCUGACCAAUUUACGGGCCGUUGGGAACGGAGCUUCCGCCGCUUCGUCGGCUCACGAUCGCGUUUCGUCGUUGAUGGGCUCGUGCAGCGACGUGUCCAAUUUGUGCGACAUCGAGGAUUCUGAAUUCGAAGUCGACGAUGUCAGGCCGAGAAUGCCAGCGCCGAUGACUACGAUCCAUAAACCGGGCCAACCGAUCCAGACCGACGUCUAAUAUAUGUAACUAAGCAGCUAGCAACUAGACAUCAUCUCGGAUCGAUGUCGCUGAAAUCGAGCACGACAGAUGUUAUCUACGGCCUUGUAGUGCCUCGCGUUUUCCUCCUCCGUUUUAUAUUUUUUUUCUAUUCAUUUUCCAUUCUCUGUGAACUUUGUCGGGGCGGGCGUGAUCCAGCCCAUUUGCUUUCCCGGGCAAUCUAUUUCGCUAGUUCUUUUUCUUGGAUAGUUUGUCGAGUGCUCUUUUCUCCCUCUUUUAGCGCUUGAACGGCUGCAGCGAAACACCCGGGACAGAGACGACGAUCGUCAUCAGCUCAGAGAUUUUAUUAAGAGCUUCACUCGUUUCUCACCGCAAAAUAUUUUUAAAUGUUGGAAGGAAAAAGAAAACACACACAAAAAAAAAAAAUUAAAUGAAAAAUGACGAAGUUAGCAAAAUGCUGUACUGAGAAACUGUACGCAUCAAAUGUGCCACUCACCUCUGGAACACACGCAACUUUCAAACUGUAAAAAGUAAUGUAUGUAGAUUGGCUAUCGUGAUUGAAACUCCCCCUCCUACUGUCCAUUCAUUCUUUUGUUUCUGUGGAUAAUCCCAUGAUAGUGGAGUGUGCAACCUCUGCUUCGUUAUGUAUGACGUGCAAUUUUUAUCUUCUUGUUGGUCUCCAUUUUCGUUUGAUCACGAAGCAAAAGCGGUCCAGCUCGUUCGUUGUCCUCUUUCGUCCUUUUCUUUUUCCUCUGUCUCUAUUUUUACUGUUUGAUUUGACCUUUUUUCGUAUUCGGUUGCACGUAUUCCUUUGGAAAACAAAAGGUUUGUUGCGUCCGCAACUGCGUGGUUGCCUUUUGAUUCUUACGAUUUUUUUUGUUGAAGAUAACGAAAUGUGUUAUAUUUGGCAUAUACCAACAACAUAUUGUGUUCUGGCAAUUAUCAAUGCACGUGGCUUUUUAUCUUUCUUUUGAAUUUCUUCUAACUUGUUUUUAUUUUCCUCCUUAUUUUCCGUUCAUCUUUUGUUGUUUAUACAUUUUUUCCCUUGUUGCACAGGAAAAUUGACGAGCUGGCGGCAAAAGAAAAAGUUCAGAGACUUGAUCCAGCCAUAUCUAAAAAGUCUUUGCCGCAUUUGUGUUUUUCCGCCUUCCCCAACCCCUUUUAUACAGACAUAUAUAUUAUAUAAAUACGGAGAAAGAGAGAGAGAGAUUGAAGAGAGACAUUGUUGGAGCAUCAUAUAUUACUAGGCUCCGGGUAAUAUUUUUGCACCUAUAUUGUUCGCUUUUCCUUCUCUUUGUGUCCAGUUUGUACAUUAGACGAUAAUCGUGAUGACGACAUGGCAACGGUGUAACAACAACAAAAAAUAUGUUUGAAAAAAAAUGAGAGAAAAGUGUUGUACAGUUUUACCUUUUAUAAACAAACAAAAAAAUGAUAUGGUUCCAUCUCUUUUGUAAAGAAAAAAUCGUGACAAAUACACAGAAAACGCAUGUUAA